AUUUACGCUGCACGCCACGUCGUCGAAAGAUUCCCUGCGCGAGUGUGCUCACCAUCUCGUCUCGCCCGGCCGAUCCUCGAGUGUUCCUGUCGUCUUGCUUUUGUGCCUGAGCACUGGGCUUGCUCCCUUACAAUAUUGCUGCAUCACCCAGGUGACGGCCUUGCCUCUCCCACUCUCGAACGACGAUUUCCCUCUCCAUCCGCGUCACGGGUGGUCGUUUUCAGUCGAGCUCUCGACGACUAAUCUUCCGAUCUUUAAGGGGAAGGGGGUCUUGCAAGAAUACACGAUAGCCUGCAGGUGGUCAGUUCACGCGCGACAGGACAGGGUCGGAACACCUGCAAUGCAGCUGCUCGGCCCGCGCUCAGCUGGUGCCCGUGAAUUUUGAGCUUCGGCCUCGCUGCAAUCCUAUUGCCCAUUGCAGGCGAAACUUUUUGGAGACAGGGCGAGGAAGCGAGAGAGUGGAGCGCAUGCUCCAUGACCGAACACCUCGCUCCAUCCGCCCUGCGGGUCUCAGUCCCUUCCAAAACACCGAAUCUCUCGAACCUGACCGCAUAACGCUCUGCACAACAUGGCGUACGGAAGUCAGUUCCACAUGCCUGGUUCCUUCACCUUUGAGGGCCCCGGUGCCCCCACGACGCUCAACGCCAACAUGUUUCGUCCUCCCGUCUCGCCCACCACGUCUUCCUACAACCUAUCAAGAUCAACAGGCUCCCUCCUCUCGGACCAGUCUAUGGCCACCAAUAGCACUACCCCAGUGCCAAGGUUGGGGAGGAAACGGACAUAUGAUGAG